CCCGGUUCCGUCUUCGCUCUGCAGCUGUAGUGCGAGUUGGAUAAAGUCCGAAUCUAGUGGUAAGGACCGAGCUCUUUGACGAGAAAAUGAUAUCAUUUGUAAGCAUCACAUAGCAAAAUAUGACGCCAAUGACGCGAAGCGGGGCAAUCUUUCUAUGCAGAGCACGCUGUGAGAAACCCCCCACCUUACCAGUACAUAAUGUAAGAGCAGUACGAGGUACAUACCUAAUUUAUGUAGCUCUCGAGAUAGCGUGCUUUACGCUACUUGAAUAGAAGACGGUAAGGUUCUUUUCGUAGUGAAACUGUUUAUGUAAGGUCCUGCCCUUGUUAGUAUGUACCUCAUAGUAAAGUAGUGGUGGAUGGAAAGGUAAGGAUAGCCGGGUCAGGAGUGGCUUUCCGAGAUCCCCUCUCCUCUUCAGUACAAAUUAGACCGUGAGAAGCUCCCCCUCUUCUUUUCCCCUCUCCUAAAAAUCGACAACCAUCAUCGCUUGUAUUGGAAUUCUAGCCUUAAACUACCGAAAACCAAAACAAAAGUAGUCAAAAUGGUCAAAGCCGUCGCUGUCGUCCGUGGUGACUCCAAGGUCACUGGAACCGUCACCUUUGAGCAGGCCUCCGAGUCUGCCCCGACCACCAUCUCAUGGGACGUUACCGGCCACGACCCCAACGCCAAGCGUGGCUUCCACAUCCACACCUUCGGUGACAACACCAACGGUUGCACGUCUGCAGGCCCUCACUUCAACCCCCACAACAAGACUCAUGGCGACCGAACCGACGAGACUCGUCACGUUGGUGACCUGGGCAACGUUGUGACUGACGCUCAAGGUAACGCCAAGGGCUCUAUCGAGGACUCGCUUGUUAAGCUGAUCGGCCCCGAGAGCAUCAUUGGCCGAACUGUCGUGUUCCACGGCGGCACUGAUGACCUCGGCAAGGGAGGUAACGAGGAGUCCCUUAAGACUGGUAACGCCGGUCCUCGACCCGCUUGCGGUGUUAUUGGCAUCUCGAACUAAACAUGUGCCAAAUGGUUUUUAAAAAAAUACAAUCUUUAGCAAUUGGAAAUGAAAUUUUAAGCCAUUGACUAAAUUUGUCUAUGCAACCCCCAACUAGCUGUAGACUUACAACAGUAACUUCGAUCACCUUGAUUGCGUACAUCUAUAAAUGUAGAUCAUGUACCUGAGCUACUAAAGUACAUGCUGGUGUUUUUUCGUUUGCUACCCUCCAUACCCUUGACUGCC